AAGCGUGCUCCCGGCUUGCGACGCACGCAGUGUGUUGGAACCACGUGUGUAGGAAAUACGCGAAAAAAAUUAAAAAUGCCUAGUUACGCAUCUAUUGGGCUCAAUGGAGCGACCGAUAGUUAUCUUCUUUUAGAAGACGGUAAUAUUUUUUUGGGGAACCGCUUUGGUGCCGAUGUAUCCGUUGAUGGUGAAAUUGUUUUCCAGACUGGUAUGGUUGGUUAUUCAGAAUCACUUACGGACCCUUCUUAUCAUGCUCAAAUUUUGGUGUUAACAUAUCCCCUCAUCGGAAAUUAUGGUGUGUUUGGUGACGAAAAAGACGAGAAUGGCAUACCAUAUUGGUUCGAGUCUAAUCGUAUUUGGGCCGCUGGACUAAUAGUUGGAGAAAUUUGCGAAAAACCCAGUCAUUGGCGUCAAACCAAGACGCUGUCCGAAUGGAUGAAAGAACAAAAUGUACCUGGAAUAUGUGAUAUCGAUACUCGAGCAUUGACAAAAGUUAUUCGCGAAAAAGGUACUAUAUUGGGGAGGAUCAUUUUCGGUCAACCAUCCUCAAACACUCUGCCAAUAAUACCUCCGAUAAAAGAUCCCAACAAAAGGAAUCUUGUUGCCGAAGUUUCUUUGCCUGUUUCAAACAUAUAUUCAACAUAUAAUCCGAAUGGAUAUCCUCGAAUAUGUGUAGUUGAUUGUGGAUUAAAAUACAAUCAACUGAGAUGUCUGUUAAGACGUGGUGCCCGUGUGGAUGUUGUACCAUGGAACUAUAAUUUGGGAGCUAUCGAAUACGACGGUCUAUUCCUCAGUAAUGGGCCGGGUGAUCCCAGCAUGUGCCAAGAAACCAUACAAAAUAUCCGAAUGGUUCUCACUAAAAAAAAGGAAACACCUAUUUUUGGCAUAUGUCUUGGACAUCAAUUACUAUCCAUUGCCGCUGGUUGCGUCACAUAUAAAAUGGACUAUGGCAAUCGAGGUCACAAUCAACCGGCGACACAUCACGGUACCGGACGUUGUUACAUGACUUCGCAGAAUCACGGAUUUUGCGUUGAUGCGGCUCAAUUACCUGCUGAUUGGGAAGUACUCUUUACCAACACGAAUGACAACAGUAAUGAGGGUAUAGUUCAUUCAAAUCUACCAUAUUUCUCCGUUCAAUUUCAUCCAGAGCACACAGCAGGACCUGAAGAUCUCGAAUGUCUCUUUGAUGUAUUUUUGGAGAGCGUGAAAGAUGAGAAUCGGCCUCGGAUCUCUGUAAAAGAUAGGCUCACUCAAAAGUUAAUCUAUGAUUCUUCGGCUUUAAUUACACUCGAACGGCCUAAGAAAGUGCUAAUCUUGGGCUCCGGAGGACUCAGCAUCGGUCAAGCUGGAGAAUUCGAUUAUUCGGGCUCUCAGGCAAUAAAAGCGUUAAAGGAAGAAUCGAUACAGACUCUUUUGAUAAAUCCUAAUAUCGCCACGGUACAAACAUCAAAAGGCAUGGCCGAUAAAGUAUAUUUCUUGCCAAUUACACCAGAAUAUGUUGAGCAGGUAAUACGAUCGGAGAGACCGGAGGGCGUACUAUUAACAUUCGGUGGACAAACUGCCCUUAACUGUGGCGUAGAACUUGAGAGAAACGGCGUGUUUGCGAAAUACAGUGUUAAAAUUCUAGGAACGCCGAUUGAAUCUAUCAUACAAACUGAAGACAGAAAAAUAUUUGCAGAUCGUGUUAGCGAGAUAAAUGAAAGAGUCGCACCAAGUGCUGCAGUGUAUUCCGUUCAAGAGGCCAUAGAAGCCGCUGAAAAACUGGGUUAUCCAGUAAUGGCACGUGCUGCGUUCUCGCUCGGUGGUCUUGGAUCAGGUUUUGCUAAUACGAAGGAAGAAUUGAGAAACUUAGCGCAACAAGCUUUAGCUCACUCCAGCCAACUAGUAAUUGACAAAUCAUUGCAAGGCUGGAAGGAGGUAGAGUAUGAGGUUGUCCGCGACGCAUAUGACAAUUGUAUUACAGUAUGCAACAUGGAAAAUGUCGAUCCUCUCGGCAUUCAUACUGGUGAAUCGAUCGUUGUCGCGCCAAGUCAGACAUUGUCUAAUAAAGAAUAUAAUAUGCUACGAACAACCGCUAUUAAGGUCAUUAAGCAUUUCGGCAUUGUCGGAGAAUGUAAUAUUCAAUACGCGCUCAAUCCUUUCUCAGAAGAAUAUUACAUUAUCGAAGUGAACGCUAGACUGUCUAGAAGCUCGGCUUUAGCUAGCAAAGCUACCGGCUAUCCUCUGGCUUAUGUCGCUGCCAAAUUAGCUCUUGGAAUACGCUUGUCGGAUAUUCGUAAUUCUGUCACUGGCGAAACAACAGCUUGUUUUGAGCCGAGUCUUGAUUAUUGUGUAGUUAAAAUACCUAGAUGGGACCUUAGCAAAUUUCAUCGUGUCAGCACAAAGAUCGGCAGUUCUAUGAAGAGUGUAGGUGAAGUAAUGGCGAUCGGACGUAAAUUCGAGGAAGCUUUUCAGAAGGCAUUGAGAAUGGUUAAUGAAAAUGUGAAUGGCUUCGAUCCUUAUGUGAAAGCAAUCAACGAUGAAGAAUUGGAAAAACCGACUGACAAAAGAAUGUUUGUUCUCGCUUCUUCGAUCAAGGCCGGUUACACAAUCGAUCGAUUAUACGAACUCACCAAAAUUGAUCGCUGGUUUCUUGAAAAGAUGAAGAACAUUAUCGAUUAUUAUGUGCUCCUGGAAAACAUCGAUCAUACAAAACUUUCGCAGAACUUGCUGCUGGGCGCAAAGCAGAACGGUUUUUCGGAUAAGCAGAUUGCCGCUCUCGUGAAGAUUUCCGAAUUAGCUGUCAGAAUACAAAGACAGGAGAAUAAUAUUCGACCAAUGGUCAAACAAAUUGAUACAGUCGCUGCUGAAUGGCCAGCCACUACAAAUUAUCUUUAUCUAACGUACAAUGGCAUUAGUCAUGAUAUAGAAUUUCCUGGCGGAUACACAAUGGUGAUAGGUUCCGGGGUUUACAGAAUCGGCAGUUCAGUAGAAUUCGAUUGGUGUGCCGUGAGUUGCCUGCGCGAAUUGCGAAAUCUUGAACGUAAAACAAUAAUGGUUAAUUAUAAUCCAGAGACAGUCAGUACAGAUUAUGACAUGAGCGAUAGAUUGUACUUUGAGGAAAUCUCUUUUGAAGUAGUAAUGGAUAUAUAUGAUUGUGAGUGCCCUGAAGGUAUAAUAUUGUCAAUGGGUGGGCAAUUACCAAACAAUAUUGCCAUGGAUUUGCACAGACAGCAGGCCCGAAUCCUCGGAACAUCACCAGAGUCCGUUGAUGGCGCCGAAAACCGUUUUAAAUUCUCUCGCAUGCUUGACAGCAUUGGUAUAUCGCAACCAAGAUGGAAAGAACUGACAAAUUUAAAAUCCGCCAUUGAAUUUUGCGAAGAAGUUGGCUAUCCAUGUCUUGUUCGGCCUUCGUAUGUGCUAAGUGGAGCCGCAAUGAACGUUGCCCACUCAAAUCAGGAUCUUGAGUCUUAUUUGAAGAGCGCGAGCGAAGUUAGUAAAGAGCAUCCUGUGGUGAUAUCAAAAUUUCUUCUCGAAGCGAAAGAAAUCGAUGUCGAUGCCGUUGCUUAUGAAGGAAUUAUACUAUGCAUGGCAGUAUCUGAACAUGUCGAAAAUGCUGGUGUUCAUUCAGGAGAUGCUACAUUAGUAACGCCACCACAGGAUAUCAAUGAGGAAACUUUGAUGAAGAUAAAAAGUAUCUCAAAAGCAGUAGCAGCAUCUCUGGGAGUCACAGGUCCUUUCAAUAUGCAAUUAAUUGCGAAGGAUAAUGAGCUAAAAGUGAUUGAGUGUAACGUAAGAGUAUCCAGAUCUUUUCCUUUCGUCUCGAAAACUUUAGAUCAUGACUUUGUCGCGACGGCAACUCGUUUAAUCGUCGGCGAAACAAUUGAGCCUGUGGACGUCUUAGCUGGCUGCGGAAAAGUUGGAGUAAAAGUACCACAAUUCUCUUUCUCUCGGCUUGCUGGUGCUGAUGUGAUGCUGGGGGUCGAGAUGGUGUCUACUGGAGAAGUAGCCUGUUUUGGUGAAAAUCGCUACGAAGCUUAUUUAAAAGGCAUGAUAAGCACCGGUUUUCACAUUCCUCAAAGGGGUAUCUUGCUCUCUGUAGGAAGUUUUAAGCACAAAAAGGAAUUGCUUGGUUCUAUUAGAAAUUUGAAAAACAUGGGAUACAAAUUAUAUGCCAGCAUGGGUACCGCCGAUUACUACACUGAACAUGGAGUCGAAGUGGAACCAGUGCAAUGGACGUUUGAAAACAUCGCCGUGAACGAAGAUUCUAGUCCGAGUGAUCUUCGACAUCUUGCUGAUUUUUUGUCAAGAAAGCAAUUUGAUCUUGUAAUUAAUUUGCCGAUGAGAAAUGGUGGUGCUCGACGUGUUUCCAAUUUUAUGACACAUGGUUACCGUACGAGAAGGCUAGCAGUCGAUUAUUCGAUACCUUUAAUUACGGAUGUUAAAUGUGCGAAACUUCUAGUCGAGGCGUUGAGAAUGGUUGGUGGAAAAGCACCAAGGAUGAAAACAUACACCGAUUGUCUGUCGUCGCGCAGAAUGAUUAGACUACCUGGCCUUAUUGACGUGCAUGUACAUACUCGUGAUCCUGGAGCGCCCCAUAAAGAGGAUUUUGCUUCUUGUACUGCGGCAGCGCUCGCCGGAGGCAUUACAAUGAUUUUCGCGAUGCCGAACAAUCCAGCGGUGGUGAAUCAUCAGACUUUUGCCAUUGCCAAAGAACAAGCUGCGGCUGGUUCACGUUGUGAUUAUGCACUUAUCGGCGCCUCGUCGGACAAUUAUAAUGCUAUACGAGAAAUAGCACCGCAUGCUGCUGCUCUGAAAAUGUACCUGAAUGAGACGUUUACGACACUACGUCUUACUGAUCUUACUGUUUGGAUUAAGCAUUUUGAAAGCUGGCCUAAGAAAUAUCCUUUAUGCGUGCAUGCAGAAGGACAAACCACAGCUGCGGUCCUUUUGUUGGCGAGUUUGCAUAACAGACCGAUUCAUGUCUGUCAUGUGGCUCGCAAAGAGGAAAUUCAAAUUAUACGUGCUGCCAAAGAACAUGGAUUGGCAGUUACAUGUGAGGUAUGUCCGCAUCAUUUAUUUCUUUGUCAAGAUGACUUGGAUCGGAUAGGCAGCAAAAGAGGUCAGGUAAGACCUACUCUAGGAACAAAAGAAGACCAACAAGCUCUUUGGGAUAAUUUAGAUGUUAUUGAUUGUUUCGCAACCGAUCAUGCUCCACACACCGCGCAAGAAAAGACUUCCGAAAAUCCACCGCCAGGAUUUCCCGGGUUGGAAACUAUGCUACCGCUGUUACUUAAUAGUGUGCACGAAGGAAGGUUGACUAUAGAGGAUAUUAUUGACAGAUUAUACCGAAAUCCCAAAAGAAUCUUUGCUAUUCCGGAUCAACGUAACACGUAUGUCGAAGUAGAUUUAGACGAUGAAUGGAUCAUUCCGGAAGCAAUGUCAUUUAGCAAAUCAAAAUGGACACCUUUUGCUGGUAUAAAAGUUCGCGGUUCCGUGCACAGAGUAGUCUUAAGAGGCGAGGUUGCUUAUGUCGAGGGCAAAGUUUUGGUAAAUCCUGGAUUCGGUCAAAACAUUAGAGAUAUGCAACACAAGACAAAAGUUCCAUCAACGCAUCAUAUACCAAUGAUAUCCAGUCAAGAUGCCAUCUGUAAACCAUUGUCACUAUUGGACAGUCUUUUAUCACCAAAUUAUGAAAAAUCUAACAUACAUGCUGAUCGUGUCGCUGAUUCGUAUGAAGAGGAACGAACUGAUUUUACUCAUCUCCUGCAACUGGCAUCACACAAGUCGAAUGUACAUUUCGUGCUAGAUAGUGAUGCAAGAGAACAUUCUAAAGUAUUACCGUCUCAUCAAAGGACUAUCUCACCAUUGCCAAUUAGCAGUGUCACCAGAUAUAAAAGCAACAGUAAUCCGAAUCUUCUUACGUCUACUGUCGCAUCUGUUCCAAUCGUUCAUGCAAGCAGUAAUCUAAUCGGACAUCAUAUACUUACUGUAGAUAUAUUUAAUAAAGAAAUACUAAAAGAGAUAUUUCUUCUUGCGGAAACUUUUCGAAAUGCUAUUAGAAAAGAGCGAUCGUUGGAUCAUAUCUUAAAGGGAAAAAUUAUGGCUUCUAUCUUUUACGAAGUCAGCACAAGAACAUCAUGCAGUUUUGCUGCCGCUAUGGAGCGUCUUGGUGGUCGCGUGAUAUACAUGGAUAAUUCCACAUCAUCGGUAAAAAAAGGAGAAACAUUAGAAGAUUCUAUAGCAGUCAUGGCGGGAUAUGCGGAUGUAGUCGUACUCAGACACUCAAAACCGGAGGCGGUAGCUAGAGCAGUGGUGCAUUGUAAGAAACCAUUAUUGAACGCUGGUAAUGGAGUUGGCGAACAUCCCACACAAGCAUUGCUCGAUAUUUUUACAAUUAGGGAUGAAUUUGGAACCGUAAAUGGCCUUACAAUUACGAUGGUAGGAGAUUUGAGACACGGCAGGACCGUACAUUCCCUUGCAAGGUUACUGACGCUAUAUAACGUGGAGCUUCGCUAUGUGAAUCCACCUGGCCUGGACAUGCCAGAUCAUAUCGUUAAUUACGUGGCCAAACGUCAAAUUUCCCAAGAGAAGUUUUCAAGCUUAGAGGACGCUCUGCCCGACACCGAUGUUCUUUAUAUGACACGAAUACAACACGAGCGAUUUGACACGCAAGAGGAAUAUCAUAAGAUGUGCGGACACUUUAUAGUCACCCCGCAACUGAUGUCUCGCGCAAAGAGAAGAAUGGUAGUGAUGCACCCUUUGCCGCGUGUCUUUGAAAUAAGCACGGAGUUCGACACCGAUCCACGGGCUGUUUACUUUCGACAAGCUGAAAAUGGAGUCUAUGUACGUAUGGCAUUGUUGGCCAUAGUUCUAGGACGCGCUUGAUGUAACCGUGAUCUGUCUCUUGUGGAUCAAGAAACUUAAAAAGAAAAAGAAACUUGAAGAUUAAUAAUCAAGAAAUACAUUUACAAAGUCAAUGAUUUUAAUCAAACUGUGAUGCACUCGUUAAAGCUAAAAGCUAAAUUCCGACAUUCCAAUAUUGCAACAAGUGAUUUAGCGACAAUAUAUUUGUAAGGAAUUAACAAAAGUAACGAUUACUUU